CGUUUGAGCGUUGCCAUGGCGUGCGCAAGACACGCAAGACGGGCAGCUGUGCUGCCAGCGCUGGCUCUGGUAUCGCUAGCGCAGCUGGCACCCUGGCGGGCAUGGGUAGCACCUUCGCAUCCUCUAAGAAGACAGAUGUUGCUACUGCCAGGUCUUAGUCUUGGUGCACCACUGGCAGCAGAGGCUGCUGGAUUCUCACCGUCAGACUUGGGAAUGGCAGAGGCAGGGAGCAGCUUGCAGGCUCCAGUGCAGCGUGUUGAGAGCACGGAUGAGCUGGAGAACGCCAUCUAUUUGAUCAGCCGCGUUCAGGAGGCCACCGUGCAGCAAGAGCGCUUGGUGACCACUGGAAAAUUCAAGGACGUCCAGCGAAACUCCAUCACCAUGGCUUUGAACAUGAUGUUGGACAACUAUCGCCUGGCAGAUCAGGUAGUCACAGCCUCCGGCUACGUUGAGCCGAAAACCAACCUUAUGAAGGCCAGCCAAGUAGGCAACGAGGCUGUGGACGUUCUGGAGACUGCGAAGGAAUACUUUGGCCAACCGCUGAAGGUCUCAGGCCUUUCAGAUGAACAGAGAUCGAAGCUGGACAGCUUUUUGGUCUAUGUACCAGAGGAUGUGCUUCAAAAAGCGAGAAAACGCGUAGAGGAUGAGAACGAGCUCAAUCGGCAGGAGUAUGUCGGUGAGGAUGGAGGCAUCCUCAAUCCUGUGACGCUGCCGUGGAAAGAGCCAAAGAAGAAGGUACCAAGAUGA